AUGGAGGGCCCUGCGACGAGCUAUCUCCCCAACAACCCGGGCUUUGCUGGGGAGCCCUGGAAGGCGUUCAGCCCGACGCCCUUUGAAGACGAAAAGGAGGUGCCCUUUGAUCCCCUUGGACCAAGAUCUUCACCCACCGAUCUUAACUUGAAUGCCUUCAGUUUCUCUCCCGUGGAUAUGGAGCCGCUCAGUUUGUUUUCAUUCAGCACUUGUCCAUCACCUUACAAAGAAUAUUCACCAUACAAAGAAUACAAAAACCAUGAUUCCAAUGACAUGUACAUCUCUGUGAAACAUGCUACUGUACACAGCAGUGGAAGUCAACCCGGCAGUCAAGCAACAGCUCAGACGCAAACAUUUGGAGAUAUCACUAUCGAUCCCAUAGUCUAUCCACAAAUGAAUCAAGGUCAUCAUGUGCCUGUGCCAAAUAUGCCAGCUUCUACAGUCGCUUACAGCACUUAUCCUCAAAUUCAAGUUUCUGGUUCGGGAAACAUGGCUGGUGGAGGAGGAGUUUUUUGUUCCGGUGAUUUUGCUGCUCCACAACCUGCUCCCCAAAGUCAUGGAGCCGUUUUUCCAGCAGCAAUGAGUGUUAACUUAUCCAUGAAUAUGACUAUGGGUGUUCCAAACUUCGGAGAUCACUUCGUAGGAACUGCAACGUCUUCACUUCCUUCUAAUCAUCUUCAGUGGACUACAGCACAUGUACCACAAAUUCAAUAUGGAACUAACGCUCCUGCAGCUGUAGUUGGUCAGCCCGUGCAAAUGCAAUACAAUGCACCAUCUCCUACACAUGGAGCUGGCGGAACUGGUGGAACGUAUACAUUUACAGCAGAGUUUCGACCAGCUGAACCAGUGACUCUAACUCCAUUAGACAGAGAAUUUUCUUGCAACACGAACUCUAAACCUGGAGCAUUUUAUCCUUGUAAGCACGUAACAGUUCCCGUUCCAGGCGACUCUAGUCCACCAACUUCCCAAACUCCUGUGAUGUUCAAACCAAAACCACGCACUAUUCCUACAGGUCGCGCUGCUUGUUUUCCAGCUGGUGUGACACCAGAAACUCCUCCUUUGCCACCCACAACUCCUUUGAACUCCGAAGUCACUGCAAUAAAUGAUAAUGACGCUAACUCUUCUGGUAAAUUAAACCUUUGUAGGAUAUGCGGGAAAACGUACGCUAGGCCAAGUACUUUGAAAACGCACAUGAGGACACAUUCUGGUGAACGUCCUUACAGGUGCGUGACGUGUCAUAAAUCAUUUUCUCAAGCUGCUAACCUCACCGCUCAUAUCCGAACUCAUAGCGGCGAAAAACCUUUCCGCUGUCAUGUGUGCGGAAGAAGAUUUUCGCAAAGUUCCUCUGUCACAACUCAUAUGAGGACACAUUCUGGUGAAAGGCCAUAUAGGUGUUAUAUGUGCAAAAAGUCUUUCUCCGACAGUUCUACGUUAACGAAACAUCUCAGGAUACACAGUGGAGAAAAACCGUAUCAAUGCAAGCUAUGCCUGCUGCGAUUUUCACAAAGUGGCAAUUUAAACAGGCAUAUGCGAGUGCAUGCUGGAGCGGAUUAAGUGAAAGCUAUGCGUUUUAAAGACUAUUUUGGUUAACUUUUGAA